GAUGACAACUGAUUACAAGCCGUCAUCAAACAUAAGAAAAAAGCUUCAUUCCUACUUCCUCAUUGACGAUACGUUCUCCACCUGGCGCGAAUGGAGCCUAACAUCCUUCUUGGAAUCCGAGAAAAUGAGAGGAGCCUUGGCGGUUUGUAGCAGGAGGGCGUUGCAUCAGCAGUUUUCGGACUCUCUGAAUGUCAUUCUAGAGUCAGAUGCGCCAAGCGAGGUAAAAAAAAGAGUCAAGGAUCUCAAGAAAGAGAUGUAUUCGCCGGCUGUGCAACGGUUCUGGGAACAAAUUCAAGUCGAAGAGGAGCUUACAUUUGCCGAAACAAAAUACAAAGGCAAAAAAGCUCUCAUCAGCCUGAAAAAGGAUUUCGAAAAGGACGUGCUAAACGAUCUUGAAAAGAUAGUAGAGGAGGAGGUUACUAAAUCGCGAUCUGUGCUUGAACAACCUCUAAAAAGACCUGCCGCCGAUUUUGAUUAUGAUAGCUCCCAUCAUGCUGUGGACGGUCUCGAUGCCGUAAAGACGCCUGAUUCUUGUGAAAAAAAUCAGGCUGGGAAGAAGAGGAAGAUGGCAUACGAUUCUGACGACGUAUUUGAAGUUGCACUGUCCGACGACGCGCUGUCAACCGAAGAACCAAAUAAUGCCGCAGAACAUCUGUUAAUAAUAAAUGGGACAGAUAUUCAGUCGAAAAUGGAAUUGUGGCGCAAGACGUCAGCACACAUUCCCGAAAUACACAGGCAGGAAGAUGCAAGUAUGAAGGCACAAGCAGCGGAUCUAAAAGAAUAUGCAAAAGUUUGCCUACGGGGUGUGAACACACCUCAACGAUUGAAAGAGGCAAUCAAGCGAGCAAAGGAGGAACGCCAGAGCGAAGUUGAGAGCGGACAAUGCAUUAAAUGGAAGAAUCUGACAUUGAAGCUCAUGAAAAUCUUGGGCGAAAAGACACUGAAGGCCUCUGCAAUCGUAAUAAACCGUUCACAAAAAGAUCACUGUCGCCGUGUGGGAGGCAGCAAGAUAGAUGCUAUAAUCAAAUUAGCAGAAAUUAAUUUAGAAUUUGUGUUAAUUGAAGUAUCCGGAACACCAUGUGAUCUAGAUCACACACAUUAUGUGGGAGAUCGCAAAAAAAUUGCCAAGAACUUAAAAAUAAUUCUCAAUUUCAUUCGGACAACCUAUCCAGGAAGUUUUGAAGCAUUCAGGAGAAUCAAGGUCUUUGGCAUACAAAUCUAUGACAAUAAGUUUUACAUAUAUAGUAUGUCAAUGCCAUUUGCAAGGAUUUACUAUUUCAAGCUAGAAAUGGAAUUUGAGUGUCCAGCCAUUUCUUUUACAUUAUUCAAAGCUUUACCAAAGUUCAUCUCAGAUUUAUGGGAAGUGCAAGAUGCCAUCCUUUCAAGCAUUGAGACCAUCACUGUUUAUAUGGCAAGUACUGCUGACUCAGAUGACAAUGACGAUCAGGUGGAUCCUGUGACAAAGUCACCAUCAAAAAAGCGAACUAGGAAGAAGUAA